CAGAACGGACCGAUCGGAGAAUUUUGCGACAAAAUGUGGAUCGCUCUGCUGGGGAUCCCGAUUUUGUUGGCGGUCCUAACGCUUCUUCUAAAACACAUUAACAAAACCUACUUUAUACUUUCAUUAACGAAGCGUGUGCGAACCGAGGAUGGCAGUCCAUUGGAAAGCAAAGUGGCCAUAAUGCCGGGAAAAACGCGAUUUGGCAACAACUUGGAUAUCUUGAACUUUACGCCGGCUAGUGUUUUUAAUUUUGUGCGCGAGUCCACGGCCAAGGCCAAGGGUCAGAAUUAUCUGUGGUAUUUUCUAUAUGCACCCAUGUAUAAUGUGGUUCGACCCGAGGAAGCUGAGGAGGUAUUCCAGAGCACCAAGCUGAUAACGAAGAACGUGGUUUACGAACUGAUUAGACCAUUUCUGGGAGACGGACUCCUGAUAAGCACGGAUCACAAAUGGCAUUCCAGACGAAAGGCUUUAACGCCCGCCUUUCACUUCAAUGUCCUGCAGUCAUUCCUGGGUAUUUUCAAGGAAGAGUGCAAGAAGUUCCUUAACGUUUUAGAGAAAAAUUUAGAUGCAGAACUGGAGCUUAACCAGGUUAUUCCGCCAUUUACUUUGAAUAAUAUAUGCGAAACUGCUCUGGGUGUGAAGCUGGAUGACAUGUCGGAGGGCAACGAAUAUAGAAAGGCCAUCCAUGCCAUCGAGGAAGUUCUAAUUCAACGCGUGUGCAAUCCGCUGAUGUACUACAACUGGUAUUUCUUCGUUUACGGAGACUAUAGAAAGCAUUUGCAGAAUCUUCGAAUAGUUCACGACUUCUCCAGUCGCAUUAUCGAACGAAAAAGGCAGCAAUUCCAGCAGAAACAACUUGGAGAAGUCGAUGAAUUUGGCAGGAAGCAGCGAUACGCCAUGUUGGAUACCCUGUUAGCAGCCGAAGCAGAUGGUCAGAUCGAUCAUCAGGGUAUCUGCGAUGAGGUCAAUACCUUUAUGUUCGAGGGUUACGAUACUACGUCCACCUGUCUAAUAUUUACCCUAUUGAUGCUGGCUCUCCACGAGGAUGUCCAGAAGAAGUGCUAUGAGGAGGUGGAAAAUCUUCCCGAGGACAGCGAUGACAUCAGUAUGUUUCAGUUCAACAAACUAGUCUACUUGGAAUGUGUGAUAAAGGAAUCGCUGAGAAUGUUUCCAUCAGUGCCAUUUAUUGGGCGCCAAUGCGUGGAGGAGACUGUGGUGAAUGGAAUGGUGAUGCCAAAGGACACCCAGAUCAGCAUCCACAUAUACGACAUAAUGAGAGAUCCGCGACAUUUCCCGAAACCAGAUCUGUUCCAGCCAGACAGAUUUCUACCGGAGAACACAGUGAAUCGUCAUCCUUUUGCAUAUGUGCCUUUUAGUGCAGGCCAGAGGAAUUGCAUUGGUCAGAAGUUUGCCAUUCUGGAGAUGAAGGUGCUCCUGGCCGCUGUGAUUAGGAACUUUAAACUCCUGCCCGCCACCCAGUUGGAGGAUCUCACUUUUGAGAACGGAAUCGUGCUGCGCACACAAGAGAAUAUCAAAGUGAAGCUAUCGAAAAGGGUAAAAUGAGGAAUAUUUCCUAGUGUAAGUUUAUGGAAAACGGUUUGCCAAAGAGCUUUUAUUUGUAAUUUGUUUAGAGAAACAAAUAAACCAGUAAAACGAUUGAAACUCU